UAAUAGUGUCACCUAUAGUGGUCAUUUUCAGGACUUUCGUCCCGGAUAGAGAUUUUGGCACACAUCCCACGUUGUUCAGUGGGGUCAUAUUAGUCUAUAACAGUUGAGAUAUUCUCCGCUAAAUGAAGCGCAUACAAAUCUUCCCCAGGACCUAGACUACACCUGGGGUGGAUGUAACGACGUCUUCAUUCAGUGGUGUCUCAUUUUAGGAGCAACGUCACGCUUGCAGUAUCUCGGUAACCAUGGGUAACAACCGCGCAACCCGCGUGGGGUAACUUCAACUUGGUGUCAGUGUCUAUGGUUCAUGUCGCAACAUAGUAGCAGAAUUGUCUGAUCUCUCUUUGUACAGCAGAAAGGAUGUGUUGUGGGGCGUUGUGAGGCGUUGUGAAAAGCGUGAUAUUUGCCAUGCCAUGUCUGCAAACAACGGCAGAGGUACAUGGAAGUUGUUUUGCAAAAUUAGAGCCUGCCAUUCGUUUAAGAGCUACUGAAGACCUGGAGGCAUGGAUGGUAGGGAGGCCACUGAAGAUGGCACCAUAACGGAAAUAUAUUCUAUUGCCUGUCAUAAAAUUUCGGCUCAUUUGCAGCUUGAUUGCUGCUCCUCGCAUAGUGUUCUUCCAUGGCAGGGCAAACACUUGAUGAUACACAGCAUCACAGACCCUUCCCAGAAACCGUUGCAUCUUACUGGUCAUCAUGGCGAUGUAUCCGCUGUUUCGUUUGGGAAAGGCAGAGACCCCCUUAUGCUUUGCUCAGCCUCUGAGGACUAUGUGAUAGCCUGGGAUGUUGAGCGCUGCUACAGAAAAGCAAGAGAGGGUGCAAUUGCCUCAGGUACAGUUAUUGGAACACUUAUUGGAAAAAUAGUGCAUCUUUCCUUCUGUCCUCUGGACAAGAGGGUAUCAGCUUGCUCAGGCUCCAACAUGUAUAUUCUGAAUUCCAAGAAGGAAGAGGUCCUCGCUGUGUUGAAGGGCCACCUAGGGCCUUUGACAGCAUCAGUGUUUUUCCCAUGGGACCCAAACGUCCUUGUGUCCACCUCAGAAGAUAGGACAUUUAAGGUAUGGGAUGUGACAAAGGAGGAGAUACUGUAUCAGUCUGCUGUGCUUUCAAGUUGCCCACUGCUCUGUGUUUACGUCACUGAGGAAGGCAGGCAACUAAUCACUGGAUCCGCUGAUGGACAGGUUUGGCAUCACACUGUCCUGGAUGAUUACAAAUGUCGCUUGGUAAUGAAACUGGAUUUACCUAACAUGGAACAAACACAGAGGAGGAUUCAGGAGAGCCAAGCACAACAAAUAUCAGGUUUUGGAUCAAAUUCUACUGGGGAUGGUGUGAUGGUCGAGAUGGCAAAGCCAGUUUUGGGAAUCUUCACAUUUAAGCCUUUGCCUUAUUCAGGACACACAAAAGAGAGGGACGGUAGCUGUUUGUGGAUAGGCAGCUCUGAUGGCUUGUACCUGGUGAACCUAGCCUCUUCAGAGCUCCUCAUGGCCUUGCGUUUUAAAGAUUAUCCUGACCUUAGCAUCACCCUGGCCGGAUCGUUGUCAGUCACCCAAAAAACAGACUGUGACAUACAUUGCGCAGUGACUUCUAUGUUUCAGCCCCGAAUGGCAUUGUGGGACAUCAGGCUUCCAGGGCAGCUGGACCGUCUCUGCUCCCAGCUUGAAAAGGCCCUCCCUGGGCAGGAGCUGUCAGUGGUGCCCAGCUCCCCACCGAUGCCCACUUCCCCUCUGAACGCUGAGCUUACAAGAAGAGACCCCAAACCCCCCAAGAAAACAGGCCCAGGCCCAGGCAAGCCAGGUGGAGUUAAGGACCAAUCGGUUGUGUUUCACGCACAGGUGAAAUCAUCUGGCUAUGCAGUGGGCUCUCAGAGAAAAAUGUUCACGCCCAAAACCAACAUUCAGAAGAAAGCCCAGAGGCCUACUAAGAAGAGCAAAAAGAUUGAGGGUCUCCUCAGUGAGUACCCAUCAGGCCUCGCUGCUCCCACCGUUCAGCACGCUCUUCUGAGCGCUUCUCCAACACACACGCCAGUCUUUUGUCUACAGUACUCAGGAGAUGGAAAGCAGAUCCUGUGUGGUCUUGGAGACACAUCAGUGUUAUUGUAUAAGUCCUCCCUCACUGGCAACCCCUCUGUCUACACAGGUCACAGUAAGGCACUGAGCAGUGUGUGCUGCAGUCACAGCUGUGGCUGGAUCCUGAGUGCAUCAGAGGAUCAGAGCGUUCGCAUAUGGGCUGCUGGAAGCAGAGAGCCCACCCUUACCAUGGGAAGUGACCGGUUUUCCGCACCAGUCCGAAGCGCUCAGUUUUACUACCUGGACAAGUUUCUGCUGCUGGCCUCCGGCUCCUCCGUGCACCUCUUCCUCUCCCACCUAGACACCAGUCGGGAUGACCUCAAGAGGUAUGAGCAGAAGAGCUUCUCCAGACUGGUUAGACGUUUCAGCACAAAGUCAGGAACUGACAUCACCGCCAUGUCAGCCAUCAACGACUUUUUCUCCUACAUCGUACUGUCAUGUGGCGCUGACCGAUCAAUCCAGGUGUUUGAUCUGAACGUGGGUAGCGUUGCCAUGGAGAUCCCAGAGAGCCACAGCAGAGCGGCCCAUCACAUCACACAGAACAAGGGUUCCAUGUACAGUGCACAGGCCCAGGACUCCUACAACCUUUUUCUGACGAGUGCAAUCACAGAUGGCAUUAAACUGUGGGACCUACGCACAUCAAGGUGUGUCCGCAAGUAUGAGGGCCAUGUGAAUCGCUGCCAUCAGUGCACAGCGGCUUUCUCUCCUUGUGGCCGCUUCGUCGCAACCGGAUCCGAAGACAACUGUGCAUAUGUCUAUGACAUCCGAAGCAGCAGCUACCUGCACAAACUUCAGAGACACACAGACACUGUCCUAAAUGUUGCCUUCAAUCCAGCCGCACCUGAGGUAAACUCCAAAUAGAAGUGCACCUGGCUGCACUGAAGGCUCUACGCGUGCCACUGAAUGGAUCUAUAUUACUGCAUUACAGAUAAGUAUCACAGCACAUAUGCAUGGCACAUAUCUGCAUACCCACAUGCACAAAUAUACAGUACACAGCUGUUAUGUAUGUCUUAAAUCUGCAUAUACAUAUGCCAGGGCACGCUCACAUGCACGCUGGAUAGACACGCACAUGUGAGCACGCACAGAGGCACACAACAGCUCCGUGGAAUUUAAGUUCCUUGAUUUGCAGCUUGGGUGCGGAAAAACACAUGUUGCCACUUAAUACCCUAGGCUAGAUUUGCACUCAUUUAAAACGUAUCCCUGAUGAUGUCUCCACUGAAGCAAGCCCUUAUACCAUUAGACAUGCCACCCAGAAGCCUUUCCUCGCUGGAAAGCUGAUGCCAUGCGUGGCUUGGCUUGGCAAACAUUGUUCUUGGCCACGAGUGUUGAUGCUAUAAAAGCACAUUUGCCCUCUUCAAACUCUGUCCAAAAUACUUCACAGAUAGUUCAGAUGCAGCAAUAUAUGUUUCAUUUCAUCCCCAUGCAUCAUAAAGUGUGAGAUAGUUUAUAAGCCUGUGAUUUGUUCCCCACUUUUGACUCAUGCUGCCCUUCUUUUGUUAUGUGCUUUCUCUCUGUAGCUCAGAGGAUAGGUGAGGCAUUCCACAGGUGCUGGGGUUCUUCCUGUAAACAGUAUUACUGGUCAGGGCAUUAUGUUUGGUUUAAUAGCACAAUGUAUAAAGGCUGGGCCAAAAUAUGAAUCAACCAGACUCAACAGUUAUGAAAAUAUUUAUCUUCCCUCGAAAGUAAGUAGGUGGGAAUGAUCAAAUAUUGGUUAUCUUGCUUACUUGCUUACUUAAUACGGUUUCACAAGCUUGUGACCCCAAGAUGAGAUAAUGCUUUGCCAUAUUCAGUGACUGAGAGAGUUGUGUAAUAAAGUUGAAUAAUAACUCUAAUAAUGACUCACACAGGAAGACUAUGUGCAUCCAAGAGGGGUGCUUGGAUAGAUAGGCCUCUGGAUAACAUAACAGCUGGGAGGUUUUCAUUUAGUCUUUUUGGGGACAACUUCAGAGGCCUGGGCAUCUCAAAUGAGCGGCCUUACACACACACAAGAACAAAAAUACAAAACAAAAGUGUGCUCAUAUAUAGUUUAUGGUAUUAUCUAAAAGCAUAUGCAUCUAAAUCGAAAGUAUAAGGUUAUAAGGGUUAGGUUUUUGAUAGUGUCAGUAGUGACAGUGUUUAAUUGAUAUAUCCCUGAGACAUAAAGAUUCAGUUAAAUGUCAAAAUGUGUGUUAUUUUGACAUGAUAAUGGGGCUUGAUCUUAGGCUAUCUGUUCAUUUUGGUCAAACCAUUGAGAUAUGUGUGGAAAACCUGCAUCUGAAGAUUUCAGCACCAAUCCAUGUGACUUCAGUACAUAAAAAAGACAAAUAUUUCCAAUGUGACAUUUGAAUUAAUGCAGGAUUCUUUGUGAACAAUUAACAAAAGCCUAUGCCUGUUCUGCACCACUGAUGGGCCCAAUCAGAAUGGAUAACUGCCAGUUCAUUCAGAUGAACUUGCUGUUUUCAAGUUAGUACAUCAAAAAGAAACAGAUUUCAAAGAGAAUAAAAUAAACGCUUUGCAACUUGCCACAAUCCUAACCUUUGUUUGGAGUCCAUGAUAAGGUUUUAAGGGUUGAUCUAAUGCACAAACCAUGUCAUGUUUCCUGCUGCGUGUGCAUUUCACUGCCAUGUUAAAAUGCCAGCCUUUUUCCAUCUGCCAGGAGUGUGGCAUUGGGGUGAUUCAGCUGUUGGCAGGCUAUGUUUACAGGCCGUUUGUGGUAACUUAUUAACAGAAACAAGCAUUUCAGUUCAUUCUGUUGGGUAUCACAAUUAAAUCAUUGUCUUUUGACCUAUUUUUUUAUGUUUUUAAAAAAGAAAACAUAACAUAACAUCACAACAACAGGUUUUCAUAGUCCUGUAUUGUUUUUUGAAUACUGGCUCAAAGUAUAUAUUUGUGAGGUGCCAAGCCAACACUCCCCAACACUCACACCCUUGUCACACUAACCUACUUUCUGCUUAAAAACCAUAAAACCUCUAUAUGAGGUCACCAUUUGAGGUUAGAAUGGAUUUUUUGAUGCACAAGCUGACAUUUCAUCAUAGCAAGUAGUGCGUUCAGAGAGCCAGCGUUUGCUAUGAUCUGCUUGAAAUGUGGUUCUCUGUGGCCUGUUUAGCAACAGGCGAUAGCCGAGCCCAUGCUGUUAAUUGGCCCGUCCAGAGGGUGAGGUUUCCAGACAAGCACAAAGAAGGGGAACUGAGAGAACUAGGAUCACUGUAACUGGGUCAAUCAGGAGACCAGACAAGUUAAUUGAUCACACUGCAGAUCGUCAUUAGAGGGUUUUAACCACAGACUAUGUCAUAUUAUAAGUGUUUUUGGUGUAAGUAAAUUCUUCUUUUUUGUUGCUGAUGUAUUAACGCAAGCUGUGUCCCAUCCAUGCAACUUCAGGUAGAUCUGCUGUCAAUUUUUUGAGUAAAGGGUUACCACAUGCAUGCUGAUAACUAUAUGCUAUAACUAUAUAGGCCGAUAUCUUACUGUAGCCUAUAUUUCACUGACUAAUGCAGGUCACAAAAUUCAACCGCAUACUCCCAUUAGAAUGGAGCUCCUAAGGUCCCGUAAGGAGAUACUCUUUAUCUUGUGCGCACAUUCACAACAUACCUUCACAAGAUCCUGGAGGGACUGUAAAUUGAACUGUAUUUGACAUAGGACAGAUAUUCAAAAGUCCAGAUAUAAUAAAUCUGGACAUCCCUGCCCCCCACCCCCAGCUGGAAUGGCUAUGACACCACUGACUGUAACUCAGACCAAUCUAACACUACAAAAAGUGGGGCCUCUUGCUAAUCUCAAAUGCCCCCUGAUUGCAUCCUGCAGUGGCCCUGUCCAUACCACUGACCUCAGGAUAACAUCUAUGUCUUUUUUUUUUAUCACACCACUCUGAAUUGUUGGCAUCCAAAAGUAUGCAAAAACUGUGCUUUCAAAGUGGCACUUAAAUAUUUCAAACUUUCUGAGGUGUACAUUUAUUAUGAUCUCUAUUAAGAUGUACAUAAUGAUCGCUAGUCUGAGUGAACUCCUAAAGUAUGUAGAUCUUUCAUUUGACAUCAGUGAAUAAAAACAUUGCAUAGCUAAAAAGUUAAGCACACAUUCUUGUGAUGAGGAGAGCUGUGUUUAAUCUUAAAAAUAUCACAAACAAACUCAAGUUAUGACAGUUUAGUUCGUAGUGUUUUGUCUCAUCCUCACUUGGUGAAUACUGUGCGCUCUCUUUCCGGGUGUCAUGAAAUGACGCACAUCUCUCUACAAAAAACGAACUAUUGUUUAAGAAGCUCACCCACACAAACUCUCAAAUCAAAUCCUCAGGAAUGUGCUCUUUCACUGGUGAGAGUUACAAGCCGUUCCUAUCCGACAAUACCAGAGAGCAGGAUCACUGACAGAAAUAAUUCGUUCCAGGCAUACACUCCUCGCCAGCAAUGGUACCCAAAAUUUCAGAGCUCACUUAAAUCCGUUAACUCCAUCGUGUUUGUGACUCCCCAGACACAAGAGGUCUCCCGUGAACGUGUCGGACCCCGUCUUGCCCAUCAUGACAGUGUUUUACAUAGCCCACAUAAAUCUGAAUGUAUGAACAUACAGCCAAAACACAAGUUCGUUCUCUUAUGUGCAUUCAGUGUAAAUUAAUAUUGUGGUAGCCAACGUGGUCUCCUAUUGAUAACUAUUCAGGAAUUUUCUGCCAAUAUAAUGACAGUGUUUUCAAUACAGCAGACGUAAGAAUUGAAUGCAUUUCCACAGACAUACGUUAUGGUAGGUAGUUAACAAUACACAAUACUGUUAGUCCAGAUAAACGUAUUCGCAAGACUUCUAUAAACCGUACUGCAAUUUUAUUUCAGUUCGAAGAAUAUGCCAGAAUUGGGUGGAAAUUCGAAUGCUCGCUCAACAUGAAACCACUCGGGAGAGAAAGUGACUUUCACUUUACUUUCUCUAUGAAUAGCUCCUCCCUAUACCAAGGCGCAGUUAAGCAUCCUUCAAUGAGACGGAUUUCAUUUUUGGGGGGUGGGAUUAGCGUGCGUGGAGG